GCGGCCUGGGCUUCCGCAGUUUGGAGCGCUGGGGGAGCGGGUCCGAGCCGCAGUCGUGCGCCGCCGCCGGGCGUUACAGCCUGCUUUCUCCAGUUCCUUCUUGGCGUCGGGAAGUGGCAGGAGUUUUUCCCCCCACCCCAAACUGCCAUUCAAAUUAAUAAUCCUAAUAACCUGAUCUCCCGCUCCUCCCCACCGACCUGCCUCCCGCCCUCGCUCCUUCCUCCCUCCCUCUCUCCUUCCCAUCUCCUCGGUCGCAGCCGGAGGGAAACCCGGCAGCUGCCCGCUGGUGGGGUGUGUCUGGGUGUCCGAGCCCGGAGAGGGCAUCGGAGCCUGGGGGUGGGUGUUGAGGCAGUGAUCCCCGGGGCUUUUGUCUGUCCUCUGCGCAGAGAACCCCGGCCGCUGCCGUCGAACGCAGGGCCGGUCGCAUCCCCUGGCAUCUCGUUCCCAAAUGAAACGUCAACAGGGGAAACUCGGGCAGACACCCCUCCUCUCCCGGGCCCCUCCCGGUCCCCCCUCCCCAUGUCCGCUGGGGAGGCUGCCCGGUGCGGAGGCGGCGGCCGCGGCCGAGGCGAUCUCUGGGUGACCACGUCUGCGAGGGACUUUGCUAUCCGUCUGCCAGGACCUGGGGAGAAAGAACCGGCUGCUCCCUAUCCCCUCCCCCUCUGCCAGCAUUUCGGGCACCCCGCAGGGACUCAUUUUGGGGUUCCCACUGACUUCCAGGAGGGACGGGAGUCCUGCUCUGACCCCAGCUCGGGCGGCCACCUGUCUUUGCCGCAGUGACCCUUCUCCCAUGACCCUGCGGUGCCUUGAGUCCUCUGGGAAUGGCGCGGAAGGGACGCGGAGCCAGUGGGGGACCGCGGGGUCAGCAGAGGAGCCCUCCCCGGAGGCGGCGCGUCUGGCGAAGGCCCUGCGGGAGCUCGGUCAAACAGGAUGGUACUGGGGAAGUAUGACUGUUAACGAAGCCAAAGAGAAAUUAAAAGAGGCACCAGAAGGAACUUUCUUGAUUAGAGAUAGCUCGCACUCAGACUACCUACUAACAAUAUCUGUUAAAACAUCAGCCGGACCAACUAAUCUGCGAAUUGAAUACCAAGAUGGGAAAUUCAGAUUGGACUCUAUCAUAUGUGUCAAGUCCAAGCUUAAACAAUUUGACAGUGUGGUUCAUCUGAUCGACUACUAUGUUCAGAUGUGCAAGGAUAAGCGGACGGGCCCAGAAGCCCCCCGGAAUGGCACUGUUCACCUUUACCUGACCAAACCGCUCUACACGUCAGCACCACCUCUGCAGCAUCUCUGUAGACUCACCAUUAACAAAUGUACCGGUACCAUCUGGGGAUUGCCUUUACCAACAAGACUAAAAGAUUACUUGGAAGAAUAUAAAUUCCAGGUAUAAGUGUUUCUCUUUUUCUAAACAUGCCUCACAUAGAGUAUCUCCGAAUGCAGCUAUGUAAAAGAGAACCAAAACUUGAGUGGACUGCUCUGGAUAACUACACGGAAUCCUUUCUAAGAACAGCUGAAGUCAAUCUAAUUUAAAUGUGUGAAGAGGUAGCUAGGUAUUUAAAGCCCCCCCCUUCCCUCCCCAAAUAUUUUCACCAGAGGGAUAUUUCCCUUCCUAAGGCUGACUGAGACCAGUUGUUCUUUUAAAUUAAAAAUAAAAUGUCCCAAGUCAAGGCUGAAGGAGCAUUUAUCAAAAUGCCUUGCCUUUCUGAGGUUCCUUUCCACUAGGUCAAAGGUCCAAGCUCCAGUAGUAAAGAGCUUCCCACCUAGGAGUACUGAAGAAGUGGAAGGAACCAAACUGACACAGGCUUAACUUCAAUUUUAUAUGCUUGGUGAUCAGAAUCUACUUUAGGACAUUUUAUAUCUUGCAUUCUGAUGUACCUAGGAGUUUUGUUAAACAGAUCAUGUGUGUGAGUAUUAUCCUUUAUUUUAUGCAAUUAACCAAAUCAACCAAAAAAGUGACCACGGAAUCCUGUAUUUGUCUUUUUACUACAUGUAUGAACUCUCUCAUGUGAAUGAGUACUGUAGUAAUCCAUUUUAAGGGAGCCUUACUUCAGAAAUAUUUCAAACUGGUGCAAAUGGAAAAGACUUUUCCUUUUCCUUUAAGGCUAAAAGACAAGAAUGUCAUGCUAUACAGGUGCAACUCAAUCCCUGUUAAUAAAAACCAGUGUAGAUAUAGACAUUUUACCCUUUAAAGUAGCUGUGUCCCAACCUGUUGCCAUUCAUUUUUUGGAAAUGGCUUUAGAAAUUUCCAAGUUGCCCUUGAAUUGUCUAACCAUGGACAUUAGCAGAUGUCUCCCUUCUACCAUGUAGAAUACUUUGACUUAAUUUUCUUCCAGAUAUAGGGGGAUACCUGCCUGUUUUUCCAAGUGUUUAUUUACUGCUGUUAUUAUUUGAUUAGAAUGUAUUAAAUAAAAAAACUUGACUUUUA